CCUCGUGCUUCUUUAUCCUAUUUUUCUAUUGGACAAUGGCUAAUCAGCCAAGGAUCAAGCUGUGAGUAGGUAUCAUUUCAGCUUCGGCCGAUCUCUACUUAUAUCGUCUAACAACGUCUACGGUUGUUGAUAUGUAAGCCAUAUCGGUAAUCUAAUAAAUAGGUAGCUUUGUCCUCAGCUUUACAGCCCUAUUGAACUCUUAAUGCUAGGUACAUCCCGGGACCUCUUCCCGUAGUUCGUUCAUUUUGAUCUGUUAUAAGUUUGGAUUGAUUGCUUGCCAUGUACGUUAAGACGUCUUCGGUCGUCGCAUUCAUCUUCGCCGCAAGCGAGGUAUCUGCUUUGCCCACGGUGCCCGAGUGGUGGAAGCCAAAGUCGUGGAGUCCUCCGCCCCAGCACCGUUUCCAAAAUGCCGAGCUCGGACCCCGUCCGCAAUACCUUGUGGCCGAUAUGGACGAAGGAUGGCUGAAGAAUCGACUGUCCGCAUGUUCUGACGUGGAAGCUCGGCCAUCUAGGUUCAGUAUUGGUCACCGCGGCGGUGCUUGUCUUCAAUUUCCCGAAGAGACUCGAGAGUCCGUCGAGGCCGGCACACGCAUGGGCGCUGGAAUCCUUGAAUGCGAUGUCGCCUUUACUAACGACCGCGAGCUCGUGUGCCGACACGAUCAAUGCGAUCUCCACACGACGACUAAUAUCGUCGCGACGGAACUCGGCGCUAAGUGCACGACACCCUUUACGCCCGCAAGAGACGGCACGCCGGCAACUGCCAAGUGCUGUACCAGCGACAUUACGCUGGCCGAAUUCAAAUCCCUGUGUGGGAAGAUGGACGGCUACAAUGCAUCAGCUACCACCCCGGAAGAUUUUCUUCACGGGACGCCCUCGUGGCGGACUGAUCUCUACGCUACUUGCGGCACAGUUCUCUCGCAUAAAGAGUUUUUGCAGCUGGUCGAUUCUCACGGCCGGGAUUUUACGACCGAGCUUAAGCAACCGCGUGUGCCAAUGCCUUUCGACGGUGAUUACACACAAGAGAAGUACGCGCAGCAGGUGAUCGAAGAGUACCGAGCGGCGAGAAUCGAUCCAUCACGCGUCUGGCUACAGAGCUUUUCGUUCGCUGACGUGGCCUAUUGGUUACGCGCUGAUCCCGCAUUUGGCAGGCAAGUGGUGCUACUAGACCAAAGUGGUGAUCUUCCGGGGUCUUUCCCGGCUGCCGUAGCCAAUUUGUCGUUUUAUAAGGAUGCCGGCGUACAGAUUGUGGCGCCUCCGCUUCCGUACCUCGUCACGCUCGGAAAGGAUGGCGAGUAUGUGCCAUCUACGUAUGCGACGACGGCGCGGAAGCUGGGGCUAAAGAUCCUGACAUGGUCUCUCGAACGCUCAGGACCACUCGCUCAAGCGGCAGCCGCCGGCGACUAUUACUAUUCGACUAUCGCUAACGGUACGCACAAGGACGGGGACAUGUAUAAGCUUGUUGAUGUUUUAGCCCGGCAAGUUGGUGUCGAAGGUAUCUUCUCAGACUGGUCCGCGACUGUCACCUAUUAUGCCAAUUGCUUUGGAUUUUUCUGAGCUCGAGGUAGAAAUUAGCGACGAGAUACUCGCAGCUGAGAUUUUUGGUAUGGCUUGAGAGGUCUAUCUAUCUAAACGUCUGAUUAGACACGGCAGUAGAAUCUGGCUUGUAUUUCAACGGAAUUAGGUAGAGAGGUGUCUCAGCUGUAAAGAUCACGGG